AUGCUUUCUAACAAGUUAAUAUUUUGUGUUUCCGUUACAUUAGCAAUACUUGUGGUCAUACUUUUGGCCACCCUCUCACCACUACCCCAUCGAAAACCAUCAUCAAAGCCGUGGUUGGCGUUAUCGUUAUACAUCCAACAACCACAAACCGCAGGUGUGCCAAAUGUGCACACGGUGGCACCACAGGACGUUGGCGCCCUGAUCUUCCACCGUGUGUUAACAGAAGAACCAAAGAAUACUUCAAAAGUUAUUGGGAAAGCUCAAGGCUUCAUCCUACCUGUUGAGCAAUUUGCACACUCGGGAUUCAAUAUUAUUUAUCUUACUUUCGACACGCAUGAAUAUUCGGGUAGCGUUAGUAUUCAAGCAAAAGGUUCGGGCAGUGAUCGGAGAGAUGAACUUAGAGUUGUUGGGGGUACCGGUUCUUUUGCUUUUGUACGUGGAUUCGCUGUUUUGACGCAGAAGGAUGAUCGUGAUACCGAUCUUGUUCUACCGUAUCAUAUUAGACUGCAUUUGAAGUACCCGAAUCGGUCUAAAACGAUACCAGGAUGA